GUUUCUCUUGUACACCUUGGGCUAUUUAAUCCUCCUUUUCUUAAAAUGACGAAAGACAGAGAACGACUUUUUCAGCGACAUUCCGCGCACCACGCACUAUGACACGCUCAGACACAGGGGUCUUCGGGCUGCUCUCACCACUAGCCGCGCUCACAGGCGCCCUGGACAUGCUCGAGUACACGCCAUCCAGCAGCAUGGUGCUCCAGCGGCUCAUUGCAGCCGAACCGCCCUACGCACGACUGCUGCGGCGACUCGGGCUCUACGACCUGCCUACACUGCCGCAGCACGCUGUCCAGCAGGCCACAGCAAAGCCAGAGCGGGUGGCAGGCAGCCGGGUGAUGGCACAUGUGAACGAUGCGUUGGGCGAGUCCGCACGGUGGGCGUCAAUGGACCGGAUCGAGGAGCAUGAGGGCGUCGAGCGGCUGUUCCGGAAGCCGCACGGAUUCAUGCGGUCGUACCAGUCCACGACGCGCACGCGCGCGGACGGUGCAGUUGAGACACGUGAGGUGACGUGGCAGAACGGGCGGCGGGAGGAGACGGUGACGGUGCGGUAUCCGCCAGGCACCGGGAUCCCAGACGAGAGCCACAAGAGAGUAACAGAGUAG